UUUUCCAUCAGGGAUAAAUGUAGUAUAUUGGUUACAAUCACGCUUGUGAUUGGAUACAACUUUUACAGAAAGUUACGGAGGUCCCUAUAGAAUCUAGACGGCUGGACAAACAAUUUUCGCAGUACUAAUCCAAAAUGUCACGAAUUCUUGCAAGCAAUAAAUUAUCGGGCUCUGGCGAUGGUGUGGACAUUUCAAUUAAAAUUGAAACACCUUUCUCAACCCCUCCCAGAUCUCCCAUGCUGGCUCCGAAGCCCACAUCUGCAAAAAGUGCGCAAAAAAAGAUUACCGGCCAACUUCUACAAAUAAACAAAAUUACACAGCUCGCGACCAAUCCAAAAGUUACCAGAAGAAGAUCUUUGACACUGUCAGAAAUUAACCUUUCCAAACCAUCAAAUACCAAAAAACGGCUCCCUGAAAUUCAGUCAUCCCCACCCUCCAAGUUCGCAAAGAAAAUGUCACCGACCAAAGAUGCCGGUCAUCGGAUUUACCAACUGCUACUAUUGAAUGCCUGGCGCAGACAAAAGUCUAAAACCAGCGAGGUUCUUGAAACGUUACAGGGUCUUGAGGCGCAGAAUUCCCAAUUGGUAUUACAAAUAGAUGCGCUUCAUCAAUUGCGUUCGUCGGAAAAUGAAAAACGAAAUCAAGCGCUUGCCGACGUGAAUCAUCUUGAGAUCGAGAUUGACAAGCGCGAAAAAGAAAAUGAUAAUUUAAAGGAGGAUACUGCUGCUCUAAAGACACAGUUAAAGAGCACCCAGGAAGGUAUCAUGCAAACGAACUUGCAAACUCAAAAUGUUAAGAACAGUCUAAUGACUAGUCUUAAUGAUAUUUUUGACACAAAAUGUCACUUAGGGAUCGAACAGAAGAAAAGUAAGACUUUGCUUGAUGAAACUAAACUGUUAACCACGCAGGCGUCCGAUAUGAAAAACGAAAUAGUUAAACUUCGCGAUGAAGUUCAAAAUUUAGAGAAACAGCUUUCAUCCACGGAGCACAAACUUAAGGAGAACUCGGUUUCCGCCAACAAUUAUGAACUCGAGACAGCGAAAUUAAUGGCUGAAAUUAUAGAAGAGGAAGCAAAGGAAAAAGUGUUAGUGGAACAAAAUGCCAGAUUGAAAGCAAAUUUUGCGAUGGUUCAAGACGAUUUAAGGAAAGAAUCUAAACGAGAUUCUUGGAGAAAUGUUCAAGAUCUUGCGACUACUUUUGUUGAUUUGACGAAAACAGUGUUGAUUGCGAUGUUGCCAGCGUUACCAAGCAAUGUGUUUAAUAAGAAAUAAUGAUUUCUUUACGUUAUAAGGUUUAAUCAAAUAGUCGUUUUCUAACAAUAUGAUCGUUUUCUUGAGCUAAAGGGGGUUCAGAUUAUUGUUUGUUUCUUAAAAAACUGUUAGAUACUUCUACAUAAUAAAAAAAUUUGCUACAAAUGA